AUGGGCAAGUGGGGCCUACCGAGGAGGCGGUCACAUGGCGAGCUGCCACGCCUGCACGAGCUAGAGCGCGCCGUGCAGGCCGAGAUUAAAGACAUUCGCGGACGUGAAGAGCUCUUUCUGCGCUCCACGUCGGAGCUCACGUCGCUCAUGAAGAAGCUUGGCCGGACGCAGGGCCGUGCUUACUUUCGCUAUGUGCUACGCGACGUAUUUGGCGAGAAGUCCAGACUGUAUGAGGCCCGCGGGACACCCUCGACGAAGCAGGUGUGUGCGUACGCCAAGAGCGUCAUUCAACGAUUGGCCAAAGCCAUUCAUUUCGCGCCGCUUGUGCUACGAGCCGGUUGCCACUACAUGCUCACCGAGUUCCGCAAGGCUUUCCCGGGAUGCAAACAUGACGCGCGUAUCGUCGUGGGUAGUUUGCUCUUCCUGCGAAUACUUUGCCCAGCGCUCAUCAAGCCCGAAAUGUUCGACUUCCCUGAACACACAACGCAAUCACUGCCUAUGGGCGUGCAGAUCGCCAAGAUCCUGCAACACACACUCACUGGCACGCCAGUCGGAGACAGCGACCCCGCGUUCGACGACAGCAACGCCUUCAUUUAUGCUUUCCAGCCCUACGUGGCCAACUUCCUCGUGCGCUUUCCCCAGAUCCGCGCUGCGUUCGGUAAUGAAGAACCGCAGCAGAUGCCGGUGGUGCGUGCGCCUGCGUCCUGGGACUGCAGUAACGUGACGCCGAUCACGCCCACAACUCCCACAGAUGCCGACAACUGGGCAGCCUCGCCCCGCGCUGAGUCCUGGAACGCACACCGUCCCAAUGGCAAAAUGCGCGGUCUCUCCAUGAGCUCCAAUGACGCUAUCAAGAACAAGAAGAAGUUCUCGUUGCGCUUCUGGUCCAGAGGACCCGGGGACAGUAGCGGCGUCGCCCAGCGGCCAACGCCGUAG